UAAUCUGUGUAUUGUGGGAAGCCAUUUUGUAAGUCGCGUUUUCUAGAGAAAAUCAAAAGAAUUUUUGUGUAAAUUACGCCGUUCGUGUAUUUUACGCGCGUAAAAUAAAAUGUCCAAGCGUAGGAUUGAAGUGAUGGAUCCUUUUAUCAAGAAGAAAAGAGAAGAGAAGGCAGCUGCUGCAGCCAAGUCAGGUGGCAGUGGGGAAUCUUCAGACUCAGUCGCCACGCUGGGCACCAGCAUGCCUCCUACCGCCACCAGCACACCCGGUGUCAACACAUUCACCGGCUUACCACAUUCGCAGCGCUACCACGAAUUACUCAGGCGUCGGCUAGGCUUACCAGUAUGGGAGUACAAAAACGACUUCAUGAGACUCCUGAACACCCAUCAGUGCGUAGUUCUAGUCGGAGAGACUGGCUCUGGCAAGACCACACAGAUACCGCAGUGGUCUGUGGAAUUUGCUGCCGUAACCGCUUGGAAGUCUAAAGGGGUUGCUUGUACGCAGCCUAGAAGAGUGGCCGCCAUGUCUGUGGCGCAGAGAGUGGCGGAGGAAAUGGAUGUGGCGCUUGGUCAACAAGUCGGCUACAGUAUACGUUUUGAAGACUGCUCCGGUCCCCAGACCGUUUUAAAGUACAUGACAGACGGUAUGUUGCUCCGUGAAGCCAUGUCUGAUCCGAUGUUAGAACAAUACAGAGUAAUCUUACUCGACGAAGCCCAUGAACGUACCCUGGCCACCGAUAUUCUCAUGGGAGUAUUGAAAGAAGUGAUAAAACAACGAUCCGAUUUGAAGUUAGUUAUUAUGUCAGCCACAUUAGACGCUGGCAAAUUUCAACAGUACUUCGAUAACGCUCCAUUAAUGAAUGUCCCUGGACGAACACAUCCUGUAGAAAUAUUCUACACACCGAAGCCUGAGAGAGAUUAUUUGGAAGCGGCUAUCAGGACUGUAGUUCAAAUUCACAUAUGCGAAGAGAUCGCUGGGGAUAUUCUACUGUUUCUGACCGGGCAAGAAGAGAUAGAAGACGCUUGUAAGAGGAUAAAAAGAGAGAUUGACAAUUUGGGUCCGGAUGCUGGAGAGCUGAAGUGUAUACCGCUGUAUUCUACGCUGCCACCUAAUCUGCAACAGAGAAUCUUCGAACCCGCACCCCCUAACCGGGCAAACGGCGCGAUCGGCCGCAAGGUAGUCGUGUCCACGAACAUAGCGGAGACCUCCCUCACCAUCGACGGGGUGGUGUUCGUCAUCGACCCGGGCUUCGCCAAGCAGAAGGUGUACAACCCCAGGAUCAGGGUCGAGUCGCUGCUCGUCUCGCCUAUAAGUAAGGCCUCGGCCCAACAGCGAGCUGGCAGAGCCGGUCGGACUCGACCCGGAAAGUGUUUCCGCCUCUACACAGAGAAGGCUUACAAGAACGAGAUGCAGGACAACACUUACCCCGAGAUCCUGAGAUCGAACUUAGGAUCUGUAGUUUUGCAGUUGAAAAAGCUGGGCAUUGACGACCUGGUGCACUUUGACUUCAUGGACCCCCCGGCCCCGGAGACUCUGAUGAGGGCGCUGGAGCUGCUCAACUACCUGGCAGCGUUGGACGACGACGGCAACCUGACAGACCUGGGCGCCGUGAUGGCGGAAUUCCCCCUGGACCCUCAGUUAGCCAAGAUGCUGAUCGCCAGCUGCAACCACAACUGCUCCAACGAGAUCCUCUCCAUCACCGCCAUGUUGUCGGUUCCACAGUGCUUCGUCCGCCCCAACGAGGCUCGCAAGGCAGCGGACGAUGCGAAGAUGAGAUUCGCCCACAUAGACGGAGACCACCUCACGCUACUCAACGUAUACCACGCGUUCAAACAGAACACGGAAGACCCCCACUGGUGUUACGACAACUUCAUCAACUACCGCUCUUUGAAAUCCGGAGACAAUGUCAGACAACAAUUGAGCCGCAUUAUGGACAGGUUUAAUUUGAAGAGGACGAGCACAGAGUUCACGAGUAAAGACUAUUAUAUCAACAUUAGGAAGGCUCUAGUCAACGGAUUUUUUAUGCAGGUUGCUCACCUAGAACGAACCGGUCACUAUUUAACCGUCAAAGACAAUCAAGUUGUACAACUGCAUCCGUCGACCUGCCUCGACCACAAACCUGACUGGGUGCUCUACAACGAAUUCGUGUUGACCACCAAGAAUUAUAUCAGGACUGUCACCGAUAUCAAGCCCGAGUGGCUUCUCAAGAUAGCCCCACAAUACUAUGAGCUGAACAACUUCCCGGUUUGUGAGGCUCGUAGACAGCUCGAGCUGCUUCAAGCUCGGCUCGAGUCAAAAGUUUACCAGGACGGAUUCUAGGCUGACCGCCUUACAUUACCGAACUGCGGAUAGUAAAUAACCAAUGGAUGCAGUGUAGUGAUUGUCGGAAACAGUGCAGUGGUGUCACAGUGACGGUGUACAGUGAUUCGUGAAGUGGAAAAUGUGUGCAAACUUUAGACGGAUACUUGGGAUAUUGAAGACUUCAGAAGUUACUUUGUUAGGGAGAAGAUACAUCUGUCUUAAUUAUGAUUGGUUUAAUAUAAUUGGCUAUUUUAUUAUCAAGGAUAUGAUUCAUGGAUGAUAUGAAUGAAUACCAGUGGCGGCGCUAGACCACAUGUGGACGUCGGCGACAUCAAGUUCGCGAGGCCUAUUUUACUUCGCAGUAAAAAACCGUUAAAUUAAGUGAGCCAAAUUAUAAAAUAACGUAUGAGUAAACGAGUUUUAUUGUUGAUAAUCAAAUGAUGACAAAAAAUAAUUACAAACAUAGAAAUUUAAUUACAAAAAUAGUGUUGCCAGACAGACGAUUCUGAAUACCCGUAAAGUACCUACUAAUCGCUUCCAUCACGCACGUGUUCGAAAAUAAUAAAAGUCAUUAUCAUCUGCUUAGCUUAGCCAGGCCAGGAGAAACGAAAAUAAAUAUGUAACUUGUAAAAAAUUUUUGCGAGGCCCCCUCAGGCGCGAGGCCGUCGGCGGUGGCCGACGUCGCCGACGCCUAGCGCCGCCACUGAUGAAUACAUACAGACAUAGUUCAUUAUAAACAUCAACAUUAUGUUGUUAUCAAUAUUACAAGUUUAUGUGUACAUAAUCUCCUAUAAUAUUUGGAAAUGUGAAAUAAAUAAGGAAUUUCUAAUUACAAUUUGUAAAUCCAUUCAAAAAAACAAUGGUAAUACACAACAUUGAAUUAAGAAACGUGUAAUAUCCAGCUAUGAAAUAUUAUGAAAAUUGUAGUAGACUCCAUCUGCAUUUAUUUGUAAAGCAAAUUUCUUCACAUACUCACAAAGGUACAUUAUGUUGAUAAUGGCCCACAUACAAUCACUUUAAUGUAUACGUAUGAUUACACCCACGAAAGACAAAUUUAAGCGAUUCAAAGUAUUCAUUAAAUAAAACGGAAAGAUUAAACUUUACAGACUUUGUUAACGAAGAUGCCGCUUGAAGAAAGUACUAUGUUAUUGGCAUUGUAUAUUUAUGUCGUAAAUACUGAAUAACUUUAUCAUUUCCAAUGCUUUUCCAUAAAAUUUGAUGUAAGAUUUUAAAUUUUAUAUGAUAAUUUGUAUGUCUGUGUUAAGUUAAUUGAACAAAUUAAUUCAUAUUGAUAUACUAUCAUUAGUAUAUAAAAGUGUCGGUUUGGAAAACCGAAAAUAGGAUUUUCUUGUACAAAAAAGACCUAGAGUUAUUAUUAAAACAUUUUUAAAGCGAGGCGUGCAUUUCUAUUCAAAACUAAAAAAAGUCCCCAACCGGGUGGUGUGUAUCAAUUUGACGUUUAUAAACAGUAAUUAUUUUAUGCAUUACGCUGCUUGAUUGAAAAAAUCUUAAACCAAAACCCAACUGAAUGGAAUUUAUAUAGUAAUAUAGUUAAACUUUAGAGUGAUUGAACUUUAGACCAGACAGCAGACGGGACUCGAACCCGCACUUUGCUAUCCGAGCGAAUGCACUGACUUUUAAUAUGUAAACCUUUCUAUUUUUAUUUGAAAAUAAUUCUUUGCUUUACUCAUGUCAUAUAAAUUAAUAUUGUUUACCCUGUGACGUCUUUGUGUGUGUGGUGUAUUGUACUUUCAGUAAAGUGAAAAGCUCGAGGAAGACCUUAUUUACUUUAUACCACCAUAAUCUGUUUCUAUAAUCUCCUUCCCAGCAGUCUUCGUGUCUCUCUCACUAAUGGACGUUGGCGAAAUUUCUGUGUAAAACGGAGAAGGCCACGGACACAAAAAAAAUGGUUCGGUCUAAGGGUACUGGUAAUAAACUAAAUAUUUGGAAAAUCCAAAAGUGCACGCCUGCAAACAGAAACCCAGUAAAUAAAAUCCAUUCUAUUUCAUUAAUAUCUUUAAAACGGUUAUCAGUUCAAUCAUGAUGAGUGAGAUGAAAUAGGGUUCAUCCUCAGUAUAAGUAGAAAUUAAUUCAAAAGAAUUUAUUACAAUUAAUUGCGUAUAUUUUUCUAAAACGUGCAGACAAACAAGUGCACAGACCAACGGACAGCAAUACUAAUAAUUUUUUAACUAGAUUUUUUUGUUAUAUAAAUACUAAAAAAAAUAAUGAAAAAUACGCUUACUUUAUAAUUUAAUAGGUCUAGUUUUCAAAACACCCCUUUUUAUUGAUUUAGUGUCUAACUUGGGAGAUAAGAGCGAUUUUAUAUUGUAAAACCAUCACAUAGCGGCCUAUCGAGAGUAAAACUCCCACAUGCUUACGUGUUGUGAGGCGUGCAAUAAUAUUGGUGAAAAAAAGCUUUUCGAUUGACAUGUCUGUCCGUCUGUCUCAUCAUUAAUAAAAUAACGCAAUAAUUAAUAAAAUAAUUAUAUAAUAAUUAUUAAUUGUUAGUUAAUUUUAUUCGCAAUAAAUAACUGGAACCAAAAUUUGUACUGAUCAUCAUCUUCUGAAUUUCUCGUGUAUCUUUGGAAAUUGGCUAAAUUUCUGUAGAAAACAGAAUAAGCAACACAGUCAAAAGAAAAUUAACACACCCCUUUUUACGUUGGAGGUUAAAAAAUAAACUUAAAUGUAGAAGAAGACUACACUUUCCAUUUGGGUAUUAUAAUAAUAGUUGUAGCUUUGAGAAGAAUCAUGUAAGUGUAUUGCUUAAUUUUUGACAGACUAGAGAAAUUAUAUAGACUGCGAUGCAUUUCAAAAUUUGUUUUAGGCUAUAAUAGGGGUGAUGACGGGGUACAGUAAACGAAAUUCUAUUUAGUCCGUCAGUUAGAUGAUCAAAUAAUAAUGGACACGUAUUUUUUCUUUAGGCAAUCAACCUGGUUUGGGAGUAGGGGCUUGUGACGUCACUUUUAAGUGAAAUUUGUACCAAAACGUGACGUCAUGCGACUUUUCAAAUCAAUAUUAUCUGCAAUGUUUAUAUUAUGUGAAAAAAGAAAAAAUACAUGUCCAAUAUUUUUUGACAACUUAGAAAAAAAUUUGUCAUCAUCCCUAUUAUCUCGUCAACUGUGUAAGCAAAAUAGUGUUCUAAACCCUGUCUGUGACAGCCCUUCAUUAUGUUUUUCACGGCCGGAAAAUGAUUUUCCUCUUACUGUUCACGUUCUAUUGUACAUCCAGCCUUCAUUUAUGUCUUAAAUCAAUCCUAAAUAGUUUCUCUACAAACUUAUAUAUAUAUUAAAUGUGUAAAUUAAAAACCAAUACUAAAUAUCAUUAAACGCAAAGUGUGAAAAAAUUAAAAUAAUUUUCUCAACACACGACAGUAAUCUGCCAUUUACACAGGAUGUAUUCCGUAAUAUAUACCAGUAUACUGGCCAGUGCUAAUGACGUCAUGAAUCGACGCUAUACUGGUGAAUUGUUCUGAAAUAUAUUGGCCAGUGCACUGACGUCCUAAAUCGAGGAAAUAUUAAAAGUAGUGCGAACAAAGAAGAUUUUAUAUUCACCUCAUCAAUUAUAGUAUUUUCAACUUCUAUAAUUUAAAAUUAAUUUUAUUAAGAAUCCCUUGUCGUGUAGUGGCUAUCUACGUGAAAUUGGCAGAAUUGUGGGUAUAUCCAUGUUGAGCCAUUAAAAGGAAUUCUUUUUGUUCGGAUGCUGUAAUAAUAAAAUAAAUGAAAUGAAAUGGUGUCAAAUGUAAUAGAAAAUAAAUUUUUUUAAUGGAUAGGCUGAAAUUAAUUAAAUAGAAUACUCGGGCGCUAGACCUACCACAUUAUUAUACCAUAUUAGCAGGGAAAGCAUCGAACUAUUAAUCGCAAAGGGGGUUUAAUGCAAAUCCAUACUCAUUUUGGGUUGUCUAUAUAUUGAAAUUUACUACAAAAUUACCUACGUCCAAAAGGGUUACUGCUAAAUUUAGAAACUAUUAUAUAUACUAUGACGCUACCAAGAAUAAAAUGAAAAUUUACCUUAUUAGGGUUUUGGUACAACAAUAAAUUUGGAAGAUUACCGACCUCGCUGCAUGCUCGAUGGGUAGGUAUGUCUGGUGUUGAGAAUAUUUAAGGAUGGCCGUUCAAACUGCUGGUUACGUCACGGGGCUGUUCACUUCCACAUCAUGGGAAAUGUUGAAAUUGAAGUAAAAAUAAAAUCCAAAUAAAAAAACGCUUUUCGCUGGAAAUAAACAUUCCGUAGAUUAGCACAUGGCUCACAACAAAGGGAAAAAUGUAAAACUAAGGAAAUUACUAAGGUUCUUACCGUUUUAUAAACAAAUUAAGCUUGGGUCACGGCCCUCGCCAUUUUGUACGAAUGAUGCAAAAUGUUUCAUCAUUAAAAACAAUCGAUAAUGUAACGGUUUAUCAAGUUAAAAAUUUAGAUUAUGAAAUGACCAUCUUUUGGUCUAAAUUUUCGUCGUGAAGUGAAGUGAUAUUAGUUUUUUCCUAAGUUCGUUUUCUCUUUCCGGGUAGGCAAAGAGAACAACGUCCAUACAGCUUACUGCUUGAUUAAGGCAGAAACAUAAUUAUUCAAAAGUGCAUAGAUUAAAGAAAAUGGACUUGAGAUAAAAGCGAACAGAGAGAGACAACCUAAGAAAGUCUUCUAUCUCGCUCUUCGAGCGAAGGAGAUUCAUGUAACGUUUUUAACACGUUACAAUGCCAUUAUUGUUAUUUAAAUAAACUAUACCCUGUCUGCGCGUCGCGCUUCGCGCUCUUGCAUUGCGCAGUCGGGUAAUAAAAAAGAAAUAAAAUUCGAAUGCAUCUCACACCAGCUCGGUCAUACGUCAUAUUCGUUUUCCCGGUAAAAAUAUGGUAGCAUACUAGUACAAUAUGGCGUCGGAUUCGUGACGUCAUCACCACUGGCCAGUAUACUGAUGUAUACUUCGGAAUACCCACAGACCAGGCGGUUUGAAUGAAUGAAUGAAAAUUUACUUAUUAUUCAAAUUGAUUUGUAAAAAAGUUUCGAUUGACCAUUUGAUUGACUUUAUUAAGAAACUUUGAAUGUAAUUUUAUCUUAACUAUGUUUAAAGAUUGCUGUUAAUGUAAGAGUUACCUUGAGUAUAACGAUAUUUUAGGUGUCCUAUUUUUAAAAUUAUUAAUUUCAUUAGAUACCAACGAUAUUAAAUACCCUAGAUACACCACGAGCGCUCAAAAUGUGUCCCAAUCAAGAAGUGCUUGAACUCCACUCAAACACUUCUUGAUUCACAGUCACGCGCGGACCGUUGAAAAGUAAAGAUGCCGCAGAGCUCCGUAAAAAAAUACGAAAAAAAUAUUAAUAGUACGUAAAGUGUCGUUUUUGGGUCGAUUUCACGAAUCGAAUUAAAAUGAUACAUUUUAUAAGAGUUUUUUAAAACACCGUGUAAAUGAUAUCUGAUGGUGCGGAACGUUUACCAAACUCAAAUUAUACCCCUAAGUUUUAAAAACUUUGGGGGGAAUUGAAUACUUUUAAAGAUAUUAAAAAAUUAUCUGACACGAAUGAGUUGAUGGUUACACUAAUGAAAUUACAUGAUUUACAAAUGAAAUGUGGGUGACACUAAUGAGAGCCACUUGCAUAUUAGUUUGCAUCUUAUACCACAUUACUAUUUAAGUACUUAUUGUUGGAUUUAUGUGAUAAUAAUGUCCCACCCAAUAAAAAGGACAUUUUUCUAAAAAUGUUUAGUAAUUCAGUUUGAAAUAAAAAAGAACAAUAUACUAAAAAAAUCACAUUUAUUGAAUCAACGAAGUAAUUAUUGUUAUCCAGUUUUUUAUUUAUUAAUCUUUGGAACCACAAAUUAUUUUAUAUUUUAAAUAAUAUUAACGCAUUCAUUAAACUCUAACAAAAAUAAAAAUAAUUAACUAAUUAACAAUUCUAUCCUUGUAAUUUAUAAUUUUUGGAAUCAUAAUACUUCUUUUCUUAAUUUUCUUGAUUUGGUUAAGAUAUAAAAUUUUUGAUAUUAAAAUUAAUCACAAUGUUAGUGGUAUUUGUUUGAGGUAGUUUAGAGAAAUAUUACAAUUAGACAAAAUAAUAAUUAGAAAUAUGAUUAGAGUAAAAAAAGUAAAGCAAAGUAAGUAAUCACUGUGAGGCGUGUAAUAAUGAAUAAAACUUGCAUUUUUUAUUUCUUCUGAUUAGACAUGGCAUUAAUAAAAUUAAUAAAUUCUUGUUCGUGCUCACCCGUUUUCAAUUGGCUAUUAACAAAGGUCUGAUUUUCCCAGUGAUUUCUUACUUUUGCAAGUGUAACAACGUUUUGGUUUUUACGAAUUUGGCGUAGCCCAGAUGUAGAUGGCUUAGGAGACUCGUUGAAUUGCAGGGUUAUGUCCUCUAAAACAUGAAUUUGCUUGCUGGCUGGAACAAUUUUUACAUUUUCGACAGAUGAUGCGAUUGCACUCUUAUAAAUCUUAUGCAAUUGCAUAUGUUUAUUGUCAUGGUGGCAGAUUUCUUCAAUACACAAAAAGCAGCUUAAUUUUCUGAAUUCAAGGAAGUCAGAAUGAAUAUUCCAGAGUACCUGAUGUACCGACAUGGUUCCUUUAAAUGGCGAAAUAUCCUUAGGCAACAUAAUUUCUUUUUCUAUAAUGUCAGCUUCGUUGACUACUCUUAUUUCAACGUUUUUAACGUUUUCUUUUACGACGGCAAGAAACUUUGUAAAGUCACCAACGUCAUUUCCACAUUUUACCUGAUAAUCUGCCGACCUUUUUACUACCGCACCAAUGCCAUCAGGUGCUCCUUUUCCGUGGCCGCUUUCUUGAAAAUUCCAUGUUACACAUUUAAGAGAUGGAAAAGUAUUAUGAAGUUGAGUAAUAAUGUAAAAUAUUUGUUUAUUCCUGUACUGACUGGUUGGACUGUCUGUGAGAAUAUGAACGGUGGUAACGGAUGAACACUUUUCAAAUACAAAUUUUAAAGCAUUCUCUAAGUGGGCCCAUACUGCUGGUGCAUCAUGUCGCGUACACUCGCUUACGGUACAGAAAGAAUAGUGAGCAUUGUCUCUUCCUUCCUUAAGGUAGGCCACUACCGUAUGAAGAGAAACUUGUCCUCGGCUGCCUCCGAAGUGUAAGCUUUGUAUUUCUUUAGCGAAUUUAUAACAAUAAUUUUCGGAGAAGUCCAUAUGUAGUAAAGUUUCAUUAGGGCUCAGAGACUGUUUUAUCAUUGUUAUAGCUUGGUAUUGAUUGAGUAUAUUCCCUGUAUGAACAAAAAACUUCGGCAAUGAUGAUUCUAAUUUUUGUAUAAGAUUUCUAGGAUUUAUUUUUUGAGAAACUUUCUUGACAACGUUGAUAUCUUUGGCCCCGACUUUCUUUUUAUCUCGGACCCAUUCAUAAUAUUCUAUUUCUUCCUGGUUAUCAAAUUCUUUGUAAGCUAUCGAUUCAUUUUUGCAGACAUCACAUUCGCGAGCAACACACUUAGCAGAAAAUUUGGUGCAGCACAGGACUCCUAGCAUUUCUUGAUAAUUUCUUAGAUCAAUAAUUUUAUUUUUCCUUAAAGCAUGAAUAAUUAGGUCUAUGUUAGUAUGAGUAGUGCAAGCACACGUGUCUCUAUCAUCUCUAGGCAGAUAUACCCAAAAUGGUCGAAGUCUUGAGAAAGUUACGUAACUGAUUUUUAUUAGAGGAUUUUCUUCGAGAAACUUUUUGUGCAGAUUUUUAAUCGAGUCCAACAUAUACCGUUUCUGUUUCUGAAUUCCAUACUUUUUCACACAUUGUUUCUUUCCUGCGCCAAUACGACUAUUGAUAUCAUCUUCAUAAUAUUCUUUAACUAAUUUUUGAAUAUCACCCCCGCUUUUAUUUAUUUCUUUCAGAAACCUGUCAUUUAAACACUUUUUACGAAGGUCUAAAUUAUUUUUCUCUUUUGUUUUAAUUAUAUUUUUCGUUUUAGCCUGUACAGCUUCUUUAUCACAAUCAGAAUGGGGUGAUGGAGCGGGGAGUUCAAGAUGAUUAUCAUCGUUAAUAUUAUCUUUUUUAUUUUUUAGUUUCUGGCUCAGUAUUUUAUUUACUCUAUUUAAAAUUCCACACCUAUUUUUAUAUUUUUUGAUUAAAAAUGACAAUUCUUUUUUUUCUUUUAAAUGUUUAAGCUUUAAUAAUUUAAUCUUGUUUUUAUAAUACUGGGUUCCCUUUUUAUUAUCUGUUUUUAUUGUACAUUCCUUAAGAGGAUCACUCAAAGAAUCAACCGUUCCUUUACUAUUUUCGGCGGCUGGAGAAUCGUCAAUAUUAAUUUCAUUUAUUUGUCGCUCCUUGAUUUUUUUUUCUAAGUAUCGUUUAGAACUUUCUUUCCAUCGCCUCCUUUGGACUUUUUGUUCCCGUGGGGACAUAUCUUUUAUGCUCUUUACUUUAUUUUGAAUUUUUCGUUUUAAAUAGGCUUCUCUCUUUUUUUGCUGUUCAAUAGAAUAUCUCUCUGGGUUGGCUUUUAAUUUUUUAUAUCUUUCCCGCCGCGCCACCCUUUUUCUUUCCAGGUCUUCUUCACGAGAUUUUCCCUUUGCCAUUUUGACCUUAAACAAAUUCGCAAAAAAAGAUGUAAGAUGCUUUUAGUUUGGACGGGCUAGAUAACCUAAGCUUAAGUAACAUGUAGGUAGGUACUCAAAAAGUUAUUUUAUUUAACUGCAAACGACUAUGAUUAUAUAAUUGCAAGCUAAUGUAUUGGUAAAAAAAAACAUAAUCGGUACACGAGAGCCAGAGAUUACCCCUAAGAUCAAAAACUUAGAGGUGAAGUUAUAAUAAAAUAAAUAAAUCAUAGCUUUACAGUAGGUAGCAAGAAAACACAAGUGUGCAUUAUAUAAGCAUAUAAGAAAUUGAUGAUGAAAAAAAAAUACUCGGAUCAUUUGGGUAAAAUUGCAUAUCAUUAGUGUCCCUAUAAAAUCGACACUAAUGAGGCGACACAAAUGAUUUUUUGAAAUGAAAAUUGAAAUAUUUCGUCGUCGAAUAAUCUAGAAGCUAUCGAAAAAAUACACCGAAUCUGUGUCACAAAUAGCUAUUCUUUGCACAUUACUGCAAUACUACUGAAAAAUAACUAUUGCCUGCAUUGCACUGGACGCAAAUGAAUACAUUUUGGGUGCAAGUAUUGAAAUCGAGUUGGACAUAAGUUUCUUACCGGUUUGACGAAGCGCACGUCUGCUCUCGUCGCACGUUCACGCGUCACUGGGGCCCCUUAGCGCGCAGUAAAAUGCAGGCAUCGGGGUAAGCAUUCGUUUUUUUUAUAUAAAUUUAGAAGUUCGGGUCACACUAAUGAGCAUUAAUGUUAAUAGGCGCAAGAAAAGGCUGGGAAAUCAUAUUCACGAUUGCCUAAUCUUUAAAUAAUUAAUAUAAAUUAACGCCACAGUUAUUCAAGUUUACCCCAAUAAAAACAAAUCGUAAUAUCCACUCGUCAAUAAUUUUUAUUUGGACUUUAACUUGAAAUACUCCGAAAAAGACAUAUAACACGAAUGAAGUGAUACAUGGUUUUUUGUUAUUUAAAUUAUUAUUACUAGUUUCGACCAAUAAUUAUGAAAUGUUCUGUUCAAAGAGUUAAUUUAAGGAUAAUAUUGCGUGAAAUGAUGUCAACAUAAAUAAUAUCUUGAAUUUUAUUAGGAAAAACCUGUUUUCACGGCUUGUCUGAAAUCGACCCUUUUCUGACAGGUAUCUAAUCAAUGUUUGUUAAUUUAACGAAUUUGAAGCAAAUUUUGUUCUAGUACUUACUAUAAACUGAUUUAGUAUAAAAUAUUUAUGAUACAAAAUGCACGGUCGGUUAUACGUCGCCGUAUAGCCGUCUCUUUUCCUCGCGGUCCUUACCUGCUAUAUUGCUAACAGCGCAUUCAGAAUUGCGCGUUAAGUCAAAAUCAUAAGGUCUAUAUUCUUUCACAUUAAUCGACUCCGUUCAUCUACACUUAGUCAUUUACCCGAAUUCCAUUGGCACUAGUAUUACGACUAAUGACCAACUGUAAUAGGGUAUUUGACAGUAUUAAAAAUAAAGUGCCGAUUGUUAGCAUCUGUGUUUAGAAUGAAUAUUGGCAGGGAUUUUCACUAUUUUUACAUAUAGAAAAAAUAUUCAUAAUUUUACGAAAAACCCACGAAAAAGAUAAUAGUUUUCUUAUCUAUUGUCACGUGACCCAAAACGCUUGGGAUUGGCGGAGUCUAAAAUGACGUCACACGCAAGUAAACUUCCGGUUAAAGUGACAUUACAUUGUAUCGUUUGACGUUUUAAUAACUGUCGUGUGACGUCACACACUAGUAAGACGCCAUAUUGUCCAGAGAAACGUUUUCGCGGCAACUUGAAAAAUUGAGUUUUUGAUUUAGUUAUUUUUACUGAAAUACACAACAGAAUGAUGAAUAUCCACUUUUUACGGACUCCAUAAACAUUAGUCAAUAACGUGAGAUCGUUUUCUAAAACUUGUCAAAUACCCUAUUGAGCUAUGAUUGAAGUUGACUCUUAAUAAGAUAGCAAUAUUUUUUGAACCCACCACUCUUAAUAGUAUGCUGAUAGAGUCGAGUUUUGUAUGUUUUUACGAAACGCCGUCUACUGUAAACCACUGGCAUGGAGCGAUAUAUGGCGAAGGUUGUAAAUAUUAUUGUUUAUGAGAGCGCUUAAACGAGACAGAGUGUUAGCUUAUACUAUUAUAAGUUUUAUUUACGUAAAUAAAGGAGAUACUGAUGGUUC